GUCAGAGACCGUAGAGUCAGGCAGCCGGUGGUCGGUCGGUCGGUAUCUCGCCGUUAAAAGUCACAAACCUCGCUGAAAACGUCGUCUGUCUCUGCCCGCGUCGAGUCGUUACCGGAGCUCCAAACCGCCCUCCAAGCAGCCUCAGACCCCCUCCUGCGGCAAGAUGGGAAAUGAAGCCAGUUAUGCCCUGGACAUGUGCUCACACUUUGAUGCUGAUGAGAUUAAGAGGCUAGGAAAGAGAUUUAAGAAACUCGACCUAGAUAACUCCGGAUCUCUGAGUGUUGAGGAGUUUAUGUCCUUACCGGAGCUCCAGCAGAAUCCCCUCGUGCAGCGAGUCAUCGACAUAUUCGACACAGACGGAAAUGGAGAGGUCGACUUUAAAGAGUUCAUCGAAGGAGUCUCUCAGUUCAGCGUCAAAGGUGACAAGGAACAGAAGUUACGCUUCGCCUUCAGGAUCUACGACAUGGACAAGGACGGCUACAUCUCCAACGGGGAGCUCUUCCAGGUCCUCAAGAUGAUGGUGGGCAACAACCUGAAGGACACUCAGCUGCAACAGAUCGUCGACAAAACCAUCAUCAACGCAGACAAAGACGGCGACGGCAGGAUAUCCUUCGAGGAGUUCUGUGCGGUCGUUGGUGGAUUAGACAUUCACAAAAAGAUGGUGGUGGACGUCUGACAACUUUGUUUUAUUUUUCCUCCAUUUACCGAAGAUCUGCUUGAAGACGUCGUCCAGCAAAACGCUCAACGAAAGUAUUUUCUCUGUGAAAAAUCCCCUCUUCCUCCUCACCUCCUCCUCCUCCUCCUCCUCGCCUCCCUCCCUCCUCCCCCCUCCCUCCCCCCGAGCCUUCUGAAGCCAAACGUUCACCAAGUAUUAUCGAACAGGAACUCUCUGUGACUCGUCGCACAUUAAGAGCCGACGGACGGCUUUUUAAACGCAGAGCGACAGUUCAGUUUGGUGGAGGAAAGCUGGAGUGUGUGCGUGUGUGUGCGUGUCUUUGAGUGUGUGUGUGUGUGUUCUGUAUGUUUUAGUGGUUUUUCAAGGUAUGUGGGUUUUUUAUAUUUAUUUUGGUGUCAUUUUUUGUUUUUUGUUUUUUGGGAGAAUCAAAGGAAGUCUAUCUUAAAGAAAGUAAACUUUAGUGGAUGAGUGUCGUUAGCGGUGAUGUUACUUGAUUUCAGAACAACACAAACAGCAUGAAGUGCCAACAACAAUUUAUUGACAUGCAGUUGACUUACAGGUAAAAAAAAAAAAACAACCUAAAAAAAAAAAAUCUGUGUCUUUAUUUUAGAAAUGUAAUUGUAUUAUUGAAUGCAUUUAUCUUACUGGAGUAUUGCAUUAUUUACACUUAGAGAACAGCUUCAUUUCACAGUCACGUUCAGCUACAUUUGGUCAGAUAUAAAGAAUUCGGGCACUACAUUUUUUUAAAUGAUGGAUUUACAGGAGCGUCCAUAUUUGUUUGCUUUUUUUAGGCACUUUUGUGUUUUUAUUUUAGUUCUAAUAACUUAGAUGUUGACGUGAACAUUAUUUGCAAGUCAGAAACUGGUGAUUACGACGUGAAUGCGGCGUUCUGUUGGGACGAGGCGAGACUUUUUAAACAACGAGUCAUCGACAAAAACUUUGUCGAUUUACUGCAGAAAUAUCAACACAUAAUGUUUGAAUUCAUCCCAGAAAAACUUGUCAGUGGUUUUUAUACUUUCUGUUAAUUUGAAGAGUUUGGUAAACAUUUUUUCACGUCAUUAAAGUUAGAAACUGUAAAGCCACUGAUUGUUGAACAGCAUGCAGAACCUCAUUAAGUUUUUAAUAAGUGUACAAAAGAAAGUCCAUAAUCUUUGUGUUUUUACACCUGUAAGUUUUUGUAAAAACAAGCUCCAUCAGUAGCAGGGCUGGGUAUCAGUAACUCCAACUAACAGAACCAACAAGCAUCAAAAUCCUUCCUGCCGUUGAUUGUUUUUGUACCCAAAUCUAGAAAAAAAUCUCACCAUUUGUUUGGUUUUGGAGCCUAGUACCACUCAAAACUUGUGAUUGGUUUAAAGAAAUUUAACUUUUUUUUCUCCGCCCUAUGGCAGAAGGAUAAUUGGUGCAGACAGACCUUUCAUCAAACUCAAUGCUUCCAUUUACAUGAUGGGUAGAGAAUGAACGACUGUAUUGGUACUUUGGGGUAAAAAAUCACAAGUUUUAUCACGAUACGAUGAUAAAUAAAUCAACUUUGGACAACAAUAAGACAUCAAAUCUGCAAAAAGUGAUUUAAAUUGGAUUCAGAAACAAUAUGAGACGAUAUUUAAGCCCUUCAGGCUAAGACCUGGUUAGUCUGCAGUGUGUUGGACUCUCUGUGUCUCCUCUGGUUUGGUUUCUUCACUCUGAGCUUUAAUUAGCAAAUCGUCUGUUGGACAGAGCUGACACUUUUUAGAAGCAAUUCGCCAACUUUAAUGUGUUGUUGGCGGAGGAGGACUUUUUUUGUGAUAGUUUGACCAUAUUUGAAUAAGGGCCUUUACUCCAUCAUUAGACCACGUUUGUCCAUGAGACAUUUUUCAUCCUGCUGCUGCAGAGUUUCGCUUCUUUGUUUGGUUUAGCGUUUACACCAGCAGAAACCAAACAGACGAUCAGACAAAACCAGCGGAGUUCGUUUGAAGCUGAGCUGUGAACAUUAAAAACAGUCUAAUCUGUCCUAAACUGCUGAUCCGUAUUGAUAUUUUCUCUGCGUCCGUGAUGUUGGACGGCGAUACCCGGCCCUGAGCGGUAGACGAACGGCAGAAUUAGCAGAAAACAAAGACUGUAAAUGAUUUUCUAAACCAAACACGGUGACGUUCUGUCGUAGUUAUUCUCUGUUGGACAUUCACAUCUUUAUACUCCAAACUUAACUGGCUGUUUAAGCGCUAAACGCUGCAGUAUUUAGUACACUGCAAAAAGACUUUUCUACCUGAAGCGGAAGACUUGUGACGUGUUUGCAUGACGUGUGAUUCUUCUUCUUGCUCUUUGCAUGUAGAUCAGGUUUUAUUAAAAGCUCUUUAAAGCUUUAUUAAAGGUCUUUUUUCAAAGCUGGUCUCGAAAUUUAAUGAAAUGAGUGAAAUGUCUUGCGAAUGCAAAUAAUCUACUCUCUGCAUGCUUGUGUAUGUAUUACUGGUUAAGUUUGACCACUUGCAUAUUUGAAUUUUUAUACAGUUAUACAAUAACAUUUUUGGUGCAUGUUCAAUAGAGUUAGACAUCAUGAGAAAUAGCUACUUCAAUAGAACUUUAACCCUUAAAAGAACUGUUUAUUUAGCUGUAAUGGUUUCAUAUUUUAAACGUGUGGAAAUGGUGUCAGGGUUGUGUUAUUAUCAGAUAAUGUAUUUCAUGGUGAGGAUUAGUAAUUUAACAUAAUUUGUAUUGUAUUUCAUUAAUUUUGCAUUUCAGAGUUUUGGCUCAUUUCAUGAAAUUCAGUGAGACCGUGUUGUGUUUACAUAUAAAUAAUGGUGAUAAAUAAAACAUGAACAUUUCAAGCACGUUGAUGUUGCCAAUAAAGGUUUAAAACAUUGAAAAAAAUGUAAUCUUAAAUGUUUUUUAGUCGCCUGCCACUCGCUCUGUUUAUGUUUCUUAUUGAUUUUUUUUGGUAUCCUGCUCGUUUGUUUUGAGAUCGGUGCUGAAAUGUCUUCUGUUGGUUUAAAGGGACGUUUGUGAUGGAGGACACACGGAUUCAGUCUUAGAGUUUCACUCCUGUUUUCAUCUUUGCUGCAUCACUGAAACUUCAUACAUGGAAAAAUGAGAAAUAAACUGUUUGAAAGUUGUUACA